AUGCCGCUCUGUCUCACCUUCAUCGACUUAAAGAAGGCUUUCGACUCGGUUGAGACGGAAGCGGUCGUGGAAGCCUUGGACAACCAAGGCGUCCCUACUCAGUAUAUAAAGGUACUUCGAGAGUUGUACAGUAACUUCACGACCGGAAUUUCGCCAUUCUACAAGAACAUCAUCAUUGACGUGAAGAGGGGGGUCCGACAGGGUGAUACAAUUUCACCCAAAAUAUUCACAGUCACCCUCGAGAACGCAAUGCGAAAGUUGGAAUGGGACGACAUGGGAGUGAAGGUUGAUGGUCGGCAGCUACACCAUUUGCGCUUUGCUGAUGACAUCGUACUGGUAACACCUAGCAUCAGCCAAGCGGAACGAAUGCUGACCGAAUUCGACGAAACAUGUGGAUGCAUCGGUCUUCAGCUGAAUCUACAAAGGACGAUGUUCAUGCGGAACGGAUGGGUCUCGGAUGCCCCAUUCACGCUCAACGGAACGAACAUAUCCGAACGCACCAGCUACGUUUAUCUGGGUCGGGAACUGAACAUGAUGAACGACCUGACCCCCGAGCUGGGCAGAAGGAGACGAGCGGCUUGGGGAGCGUACAAGAGCAUCGAGGAUGUAGUGAAGAAGACCAAGAACACCCGACCCCGUGCUCACCUCUUCAACACCACCGUACUUCCUGCUUUGACCUAUGCUUCGGAAACCUGGGCAUUUCGCAAGCAGGAAGAAAACGCGGUGAGCGUAAUUGAACGCGCAAUUGAGAGAGUGAUGCUAGGAGUAUCCCGUUUCACGCAAGUGAGGGACGAUAUUCGAAGUUCUCUCCUACGUCAACAAUCGAAGAUUAGAGACGCCGCCGCGUUUGCCAAGGAAAGUAAAAUAAGGUGGGCCGGACACGUGAUGCGCUUUGACGACAACCGUUGGACCAGAGCCGUGAGCGACUGGGUUCCCCGCGAUAUUAAGCGCACUACAGGAAGACCGCCGACACGAUGGUCAGAUUUCUUCACGAAGUCCUUGAAAGAAAAAUAUGAUGCUCUUCGUGUCCCACGCGAAAGGAGGAACCACUGGGCUACUCUGGCACGCGAUCGGGACAAAUGGAAGAAUUACUGGCGCCCGCUCGACCAGUUCGAAGAUCAACGGGAGUCAAGGUGA